AUGGUGCGAGCCGAUAAGUUCCGUUAUCCCUUGGUUUAUGGUCGGGGCAAUUUUGGUUAUGACAAUAACCCCCCUGCCGCUUACAAGUAUACCAAAGUAAAAUUAUCUCCUUAUGGUCUUUCGAUGUUAGAGGAACUUGCUUAUGACACGGUUGACUUAAAAAACAACUAUGAUGAUAGUAAAGGCAAAGAGGAACCGGUUACUUUACCAGUGGUUGUUCCCAAUUUAUUGUUAAAUGGUUGUAUUGGUAUUGCAGUGGGAAUGACUACUAGUAUUCCGCCCCAUCAUUUAGGAGAAACUUUGACGGCCACAAUCAAUCUAGUUAACAACCCAGAUUUAGUCCCUAUUCAGAAAUUACAAAAAGAACUUUAUGUAAAUUCCAAAAAUCAGAUAGAGAUUCUGCGUUUGUCUACCUCACCAAUUACUCAUGAGGCACUAGUUGACCAAGUAAAUGAUGUUCACGGAGCGGGAACAAUUACCAGCCUUAGUGAAGCAGGUUGGCACGACUAUAUUGAGGGAGCUGGAUACUCUACCGAGGAAUUAACUAAGCGAGAAGGGCGAUUAAUUGAGGCCUUAGAGAAAAUUCGGGAGGUCGAGAAAAGUGAAAUUCAACCACUUACCGCAACAGACAGUACGGCCAAAAAAUUAAUUGAAGAGCAACUUAACGCCUUGACUGAAGAAAGGAAAAGAAUUGAAGAAAACUUUCUCCAAUUAAAAAAGAAAGUCAACCAAGAAUUA